GAAACUCCUCAGGUGUGGAACAGGGUGUGAACCUCGGCAAAACCUGAGCAAAAUGCCACCAGAGCUCAUCUGCUUCUUCCUCUGCACUCUGAGCGCUCCAAAUCUCUCAGUUUUAGGAGGAGAUGCUUUGUUGCCAGCACCUCAGAGUAUCUCCAUUCUUUCAACCAACAUGAAACACUUCUUAACUUGGAGUCCUGUGAUCGUCCAGGGAGCAACUGUGAGAUACUCAGUUGAAUUUCAAGGGGAAUACGAACGGGAAUACGCCAACGGGAGCUGGAUCCCCAUCUCGGAGUGCUCCCUCACCACAGCCACCGUGUGCAACCUCACAGAGGACAUCUCAGCCACCGUGGCCUACAAGCUGCGUGUCAGGGCAGAGCUUGGUGCCACGAGGUCACAGUGGGGCACCACGAAAGGCUUCUUCAACCGCGCCAUGACUUCCCUGACCCCUCCCCUGCUGAGGGCCGUGGCAGACGGGCACCAUUUGCUGGUGGAGCUGGCAGACAUGGGACCCUCCUUCCAGUUCUGGGUGCUCUACUGGAGGAAGGGCCAGGAGAGCAGGGUGCAGCAGAAGGUGGUGAAGGAGGUGAGCUCCGUGGUUCACCUGGACACCAUGGAGGCAGGAGCUGAGUACUGUGUGAAGGCUCAGACACACGUCGAGGCCAUCAACAGGAGCAGCAGCUUCAGCCCCACACAGUGUGUGAGGGCACAGGGUGACACAUCCCUGUGGCUGGUUACUGCCCUCAUCUCUGCUGGCUUUGCUGUGGCAGCUUUGACCCUGCCUUUCCUUACCUGGAAAAUAAGUAAAAUCUUCCAAUAUUGCUGCUGCCCUGCUGCUGUCCUGCCAGACACACUGAAAGAAUCAGAGCCCCCCACCCAGCUGAUCCUGCGGGGCAGUGAAGAAGCUGAGCAAUGUGACCUGAUGGUGGUUGUGAUGCCCUCAGAAGACGUUCUGCAGCUGUGGAUUCAAAAAGCACUUUAGAGCAGCCCAGAAAACAAGCAGCCCCUUUGUAGCAUCUUCAUCCAUCUACAUCAAAAGCAAGUAAAGGUGGCAGCUGCCAGUUCCUGUCCUUGCCCUUCACAUCCUUACCCAGGAGCAGACAUGGGGUGACCCACGCUCCCUUUCUCAGCCACACUGCAGCUCCCAAUGCAGAGCAACACAUGGAGAGCCCAGUCCCUUCACUCCAAAUCAUUUCAGCCUGGGUGUUUUACCUCAGGAUUGUGGCGGUCCCCCACCGUGGGGAAUAACGUGCAUUGACCCCACCUUUCCAGAAGGCUGAACAAAAGCUUUAUUAAGCUACACUAUAUUACACUAGACUAAAAACUACACUAAAGAAAAACAGACAGUCCAGACACAGCGUGGCUCCAAUUGGUCAAAUGAAACCAAAGCACCAUCAGCAGAGUCCAAUUAAGAAAUCCCUCUUUGCUAAACAAUCUCCAUAACACAUUCCACAUGUGCCAAACAGGAGCAGUGAAUAGAGAUAAGAAUUGUUUUUCUUCUUUCUCUGAGCUUUCUCACAGCCUUCCCCAGGAUUUUCCUGGGAAAAUCUGUGUCUCUCUGUUCAAAGGAUAUGUGAAUACCACACCUCAGUAAGAGUUUCUUUCGUGGCUAAGCCAGCUGGAAUGAGCAGGGGAAAAAAUGCAGACCCUGAAGUGAGGUCAUGUUCUUUGAAAAGGGCAUGAGGGGAUGUAGCAUCCUAACCCUGGUGCCACCAAAACUUGCAGACAACACCGUGAGGGAUGCCUGGCUUUCACCAGUGCUUUGGAAGGAGUGAUGUGGGAAACAGCCAGAUUUCAGAAGUGCUUGGAGGGAGCUCUGCAAGACCAGCAGUAUCACUGACAAUGUACAGCUCCAGUAUCACCUAGUCAGGGUGUCAAAAAUGCAAAAGCUAUGUAUACAUGAAGGAAAAACCAGGACCUUUAGGGAGAAGAAAAUUAGGGGUGAAUUAUUUAAAUGAGAGAGGAAUGGAAUAGAGAAAGUUUGGGAAAAGACAGAGAAAGGUAGGCUCCAGAAAUAGCAAAAGAAAUGGGGAAAGAGAAAAAAAGAUGUGUGAAGAGCGGUCAGGAUUUUCCAGGGUGCCUGCUGGGUAUCCCUGCAGUUCAACAUCAUUCCUGAAACAGAACAGUGAUUAUUUCACACAAGGCAGAUGUGUUCCUGUGUUAGGAGGGCCAGAGUGAGGGGCAAAUGCAGUUCUUAUCUUGGCAAGCAGAGGAAUAUCAGGCUGGAUGGAUCAAGCAUCACAGCAUUACCAUUUAGUGACCAUCCCAGGCCUGACAACACCAUUGUCCUCCAGGCAUCUUGGCCACUUGAGGAAGGAAAUUGCAAAAGACAAGAGAAAUUCCUUCUAAAUAGAGAUAAAAUACAGGUGUUGUGUAUAUUGCAAUUAUAGCUGUCACACUGGAAAAAAAAAGUCAUUUUUUCACCUGUAAAGCAGAGACAUGUGUCAGCGAGGCAUGAAAAGACGUUGAUCUAAGACGCUUUUCUCAAAAGCUCUCCAUGGUUUUAAUGAAAUGCAAGACAUCUCAAAGAAUGCACCUUUUCCAGUUCCAUUCUUGCAACCUUGUGUGAGGCCAUCGGGUGGCAACAAAGCAUUGUGGAAAGGCAGAAGUGACUCAGGAGUCUGUACCUGUGCUCUGCCCUGGCAAUGUGAUCCCUGGCUCCUGGCCAGCGCCUCAUUUUCCUGCUGCAGCCCACUUGCUUGGUUUAUUCCUGUCUCAUUAGCUUCUUUCUGGACAAUAUUGGAGUGCAGUGCUCUGGUGUUGAAUUGUAAGAUUGAUAUUGCUGAAUAUUGAGCAAAUUACAGGGUGAGAAAAUCCAUGCAGGUCUGGGCAUUGAAGACUCAGCGUUCAUUAUUAGUUUGUUGAUAAUUAGCUGGGAAAUGCCUGGUUACAAGCACCCAUGAGGUGCUGGGCCCAGAGAUGAUUUGGGAGCAAAGAGGAAAAGGGCAUUUUCAUGGGCAGAAAUGACAAGUGCCCAGCUGGUCUCACCCUCCCUAAACCAAGCUGGAGCAGCAAUGGGAGGCACGCAGGGAGAGGUUCUGGCAGUGAGCUGCAGUGUGUUUGGGGAGCACAGAGAGCACAGAACUUCAGUUCCUUGCAGGGUCAAGGGCUCUUGGGCAAACAUCCCUUUGCACAGCUUUGCCCUGUGCUUGAAUUUUCAAGGGCAGCUCCACAUGACAGAGGCCCUGGUAUUGGGGUUGGUUUAGGGACCUCCCAUGCCUCACCUUUAGCCUUAUUUUAUACCCCAUUGAUUCAGAUGAGCUCAGUGCCUUCAUUUCUAGACACCCCACAGGGGUGUCCCCAUGCAUGCAGGGAAUUAUCCUCUGGCUUGUCCAUGCCAUAGGUCCAAGAAGCCUCAGUAACUCCUCCUAUCUCUUCCCCCCACACUGCUGCAUUUUCAGAACCACAGAAUCAGAACCUUCUGAGCUGGAAGGGACCCACAAGGACCAACGAGUCCAGCUCUGAAGUGAAUGGCCCAUGUGGGGAUCAAACCCACAAUCUUUAGCACCAUCCUCUAAUCAGCUAUGGCAGCACCAGCAAUUGUUCAGGGAUAUAUAGAAAAGAAGGGUAAUAAAAAGCCAUUGAAUGUGAAGGGCUUUUAAAAAAUUAUUUUCAUGCGUAUUUUCCAGCUGCACAUUAAGCAUAGAGCAUAUGUUUCUUCCUCAGUUGCAACAACAGAUUUUAUGUCCUUCUUCAUUGCCAAUAAAGCAGUUAAACUGUUGUAGAAAACUGCACAGACAACAUUAAACAAAAGAAACACCCGAGAAAAAAUUCUUAAAAUGGGGACAUGGGAGAGAACUGUGUAAGUGCCACUGCCUCCUUAGCAGACUAUUCUCAAUUUACAUUAGGAUAUUCCAGUUUAUGGCAGCUUGAAGCCAAAUUUGAGAUGGUGAUUGAAAAUCCUUUUCAACCUCCUCCUUUUGAAGAAUGUGCUGCAUUUUGUUAAGCCUGGAAAUCAUGGUAGAGAGCAGGAGCAAUUCCCCUGCCAUGGACACAGGGGCAGGGUGGCAUUGGCGUAGGCAGCUGCCAUCACUGACUCCUUAAUUCAUUUUCCUGCUGUCCAAAGUUAAUUUUGACAUGGCAAAUACUGCCUUUGAUAACUAAUUUUGUUCCCACCACCACGAUACCACCUUGCAAAAAGGCUCAGACCAGUCAGCACAGUGAAGAAUGUGUACGUGUGAGCUUUGCUCUGUUCCUUUCCCUUCAUGAGGUACCAAGUGGCUCCAUUUCUUUCAAAAUAAACUUUUUUACUUUUCUCAGAAAGUGUUGCAUGGAAAUAAAGCACAAACCUGCAUCAUCUUCUGAGUGAGUUUUGGUUUUGUGCUCCAUUACCUGUGGUAUGUGAGUCCAAAAAUCCAACCUUUUUGUGAAGACUUUGUAAGAACAGAAGAAGUGGUAAUUAGAACAAUUUUCAAAGAACAAAUUAUGAAGAUCAGCAUAAAAACUGUGGAUUACCUGAGAAUUUGAGCAGAGUUACAUAUUGCUGCACUGACAAGAAAGCAAGGAAUUCAAUUAUCUCUUCCAUGACACUAACAGCCUGGAAUAUAGGGUAAUUUUUCCUCUGAACUAUAUUUCAUUAGAAGUAUAUUGCUUUUUGCAAUUUUUAUUAAUUUCUCUCUCCAAUCAAACUGAGAUCUUUAACUUGAUAAAUUACCAUUUUACAUGUUUCCUGUAUUAUUACUUUAUGUUUUGUCUCUUUUCCUACAAAAUCUAGAGGUAACCAAAAGGACUACUUUGACUGCAAAUCAGUUCCAUUUCUUGUGAAGAUGGUACUCUGUCCUGCAAAUAAACUGCUACAAAAAUAAUAAACAUCCAA